AUGAGCAAUGCAACCGGAAAGCGCAAAGCGAAUGUGCCUCCAAUCGAUGACCGGAAAAGAGUCAAGCUACAUAGCAGUGGUGUUGCAAAGGUCAAUUCCAAAUUACAGAAGGGCAAAAAGGUCCAGGAGACUAGUGGACAAAUAACCGGAUCAUCGACCGAGAACCCUAUGGCCACUUCGCAAUCAGCACCUCCCAAUAACCGUCCCCGUCCCAGAAUUCGAAAACUCGCACCCCCACGCCCAUUCCCAACCGUCGCACCGUCCGCCCCUGCCACAGCCCCACGCUCUUUGCAUAAGGAAGGCAAUAAUAACAUCUGCGUCACGCGACGUACCAAGCUAGCAGUUUACCUGCGCCGGUGUAAGGCUCUGAUCCUCGAAGAUGGGUUCAACGAGAUUCGAUUGAGCGCAAUGGGUGCCGCUAUCCCGCAUCUAGCGCUGCUGGCCGCUUCUCUGCCUCAAAUAGUGUCGGGAGAGCUGAGCGUUGAAGUGCAGACGGGUAGUGUGGACGUUUUCGACCAGAUGCUUGACGGCAGCGAGGAUGAAGAUGGCGAUGGUCAUGAGGAGGAAUUCACAACGAGGGUCAAGUCUACAAUGAACGUCGUCAUUCGCGUCGGAGGAUCAGGGGACCCAAACAAUUCUACGAAAGGAUCGGCAACAAAUUCUGGGCAAAAUAACGGGAAUGUCCAAUCACCAGAGGAGCCGGAGCAGAUCAUUUUGCAGGAGCCUGAACAAGAAGACAUGGACCAAUCAUGA